GUGUAAGAGUAACCGCCCCACUGGUCAAUAGUGGAGGUGUGAUACUGAGUGGCGGAGGUGUGGCAGUGGAGGUGGAGGAGGUGGAGGUGAAGGUGGUGGUACUGGUGGCUAUGAUGUACAGACUGAGGCUCCUGCUGGUGAUGGUGGUGGUGGUGGUGGCGGGGGUGUCUGAAGGCGUGCUCCUCUAUCCUUUCCCUCGCCUGAACGUGGAUCCGCUGAACGCUUCUGGAGGGAGUGUUAGCAGCGUUAAGAUCAGGCUUCCUCGCCUCGGCUCAACGGUCAAUGGAGCUGUGGAUCGUGGGAAGCGACUGGCGGUGCAGGAGGGCGGGGUGGCUGUGUCCUCUCUCAUCCCCGUGCAGGAGUGUAACAAGACUUUCGCCCUGGAUGACGGAGAGGCGGCGCUUCUGUACGCCCGACAUGAUCUUUACAGGUACUCGUGCAGACAGGUGUUCAAGGCCGUCAACCUGGGCAGCCAAUUAGUCUUCGCCUGCCAUCAACUGCAACUCAAAUUCAACUGCUUCAUAGAGUCGCUGAGAGUGAAGGUGGACGGCGCGGAGGAGGUGUACUGCAGCAACGACGCGGCGCCAACGAGGAAAGGAGAGGAGAUUGAGGUUCACUACGAACGUCGGAUGGGCGGCAUAACAGGGGGCUUCGUCUGCACCGUGGCGGCCGAGUUGACGCUGCCCCCGCGACUGAAGGAGGACCCGGCCUGUACCUCGUGCGGGGUGACGGAGAGCAUGGACAAAGGGAGAGACGGCGGGGCUCGCUCUGUGUUGCGUGUGGUUGGGGGACAGGACGCGACCCAGGAGGAUUACCCGUGGAUGGCGUACCUCAUCAUGCAGGCACACAAGGAGAGGUUCAGCUGCGGGGGUACACUCGUGACGGACACCAUUAUCCUGACGGCGGCACACUGCUUCCACGGGUACGGCGUCGAGAAGGUGGAGGUGGGUCUGGGCAAGCACGGAGUAAGUGUGUUGGACGAGGCCAGGGCGCAAUGGUUCAUGACGACCAACUUCAUCGUCCACCCGGAGUACGACGCCAACAACAUCCAGAACGACGCGGCGCUCGUCAUCCUGUCCAAUCCUAUCACCUUCACCCCCUACGUCCGCCCCGCCUGCCUCCCCCACGACGACCCCAACCUGGACGGCGUGACGGUGACGGCGACGGGUUGGGGAACACUGAAAUACGGCGGAGAUCUGGCCACGGUCCUGCAGAAGGUGGAACUACGUGUGUGGAGCAACAGGGAGUGUCAGACAGCCUGGCGCGGGGCCUUCAAUGACCCCUCCUUCACGCUGCUCGCCUCCCAGCUCUGCGCGUCCAACCCCGGGAAAGACACGUGCAGCGGGGACUCAGGCGGACCACUGCAGAUAAAGGUGGACGGGCGGUGGGUGGUGGUCGGCAUCACCUCCUACGGGUAUAAAUGUGCCGUGGAUGGCGUCCCGGGAAUCUACACGCGGGUCACCAAGUUCCUACCCUGGCUGAACUCCUACAUCCCCGAUAACUACUGCAGUGACGACAAGGCGUGAGGAGGACGAGGAGGAGGAGGAGGACAGAAGGAACACAAAAGGAGGAUAAAGGAAGGAAGAGGAACAGGAGGAGGAGGAGGAGGAUGAGAGGGGGAAGCCAGGAGGAAGAGGAUAAGAAGAGAAUGACAGGAUGAGGAGGAGGACGGAAGGAGAGAAAUGAGGAGGAGGUGGUGGAAGAGGCGGAAGAAGGAGGAUGAAGACGGUGGAAGACGCAAGGAAGAGGAGGAAGACCAGAGGA